CGGCCCGGAGUCCGGGUGCCGCUGGCGGGGCAGAGGGUCGCGCUCGGCCAACUGCCCCGAGCUCUCCAGCUUCUGUCUCGGGCGUCUGGGGAUCCCCUGCUUCCGGGCCCUUCGUCCCUGGGCGCGCUCCCCCUUUGUACGGGAGGUCGGAUGGUUGAAACCCCUGGAUAACAGGGCCGACCCUGGUGGUGGCUGCAACCGAACCCCUGCCCCACGCCACCGCUUUUUUUCAGGUAAACAGGCGGCGGCGCGUCGUGCUUGGCCCUAGACGUCUCCAUGGUCAUUCUCGCCCACAGUAGGUCCUGCCAUUACCGAGGGCUUGCCUGGGGGUGUAAACAGUGCCCUUCUAGGCUAGACGGCAGUGCUUUAGGGCGGCACUAGCUGGGAGUGUCGGUCUUGAGGCUUGCAGCUCGCCUCUUCCAUGCCGGGCCUCAGUUUCCCCAUCUGAUAAGUGAGGAUUUUAGAUUCUCUCUCUUAAAGACCCUUGUUACUCUGCCAUUCUGUGUAUGUCUGAAAUUGGAAGGGCUGUCUCUGAUUCAAGAGAUUGGGCAGUUUCACUGAAGACUUUUUGCAAAUAUGGACUUUUUGGCCACUUAAUGCACUUGGUUUCAGACAGGCUUUAAAAUGAUUCCAAGAAGCGUUUCUGAAUGUUACCUUAAUCAUAAUUCAUCCCUUGCUUUUGUUCCUAAUAGUAGUCAAUCACAUCCCCCUGAGUUUUUGCAUGCAAAUUUUUUUGUUGUUGUUUAUAGUUGCCCAUUUUCUCUUUGUUCCCUAGUCCAGGCCCUCUUUGCUUCACAUCUGGAUUAUUGCAACAGCUUCUUAGCUGGUCUCUGACUUUAGAAGUUCUCCCUACACCUCCCCCAUCCUUCCUUUAUGCUAAUGCCAAACUUAAUAUAGGAAGUCAAAAAAAGAGUUGAGUGUUUGCUUGCUUAUUAAAUGUCAAGAUGCUGUUCCAUGUGGUGGGGGAAAGUAGUAGAAGACACAGCCUCCGAGCAGCUUUACACAGGGUGCUGCGCCGUUACCUGUAAAAAGCUGACAAACUGCUGAAUUUAGCUUAGUGAAGGUCAUCAACUGAAUGCAGUUUAAUUUCUAAUGGUUAUUUUCUGGUUAAUAUUGAUGGCAUGGAAAAACCUCAUGGAAGAAAGCAAUUCAAGAUUACGCUUCAUGUCAGUAGAAAUGGACAGCAGCAGUUUUAUUCAGUUUGAUGUGCCCGAGUACAGCAGCACCGUUCUGAGCCAGCUAAACGAACUCCGCCUGCAAGGGAAACUAUGUGACAUCAUUGUCCACAUUCAGGGUCAGCCGUUCCGAGCCCACAAAGCUGUCCUUGCUGCCAGCUCCCCAUAUUUCCGGGACCAUUCAGCAUUAAGCACCAUGAGUGGCUUGUCAAUAUCAGUGAUUAAAAAUCCCAAUGUGUUCGAGCAGUUGCUUUCAUUUUGUUACACUGGAAGAAUGUCCUUGCAGCUGAAGGAUGUUGUCAGUUUUCUGACGGCAGCUAGCUUCCUUCAGAUGCAGUGUGUCAUCGACAAGUGCACGCAGAUCCUGGAGAGCAUCCAUUCAAAAAUCAGUGUUGGAGAUGUUGACUCUGUGACCGUCGGUGCUGAAGAGACUCCAGAGAGUCGGAAUGGAGUUAAGGACGGCAGCUUCUUCGCCAAUCCCGUGGAGAUCUCCCCUCCCUAUUGCUCUCAGGUACGGCAGCCCAGCACAAGCAGCGACCUUCGGAUGGAGACCACGCCCAGCAAAGCUUUGCGCAGCCGCCUGCAGGAGGAAGGGCACUCGGACCGAGGGAGCAGCGGGAGCGUGUCCGAGUACGAGAUUCAGAUAGAGGGAGACCAUGAGCAAGGGGACCUGCUGGUGAGGGAGAGCCAGAUCACGGAGGUGAAGGUGAAGAUGGAAAAAUCCGACCGGCCCAGCUGCUCCGACAGCUCCUCCCUGGGAGACGACGGCUACCACACCGAGAUGGUUGACGGGGAACAAGUGGUGGCGGUGAACGUGGGUCCCUAUGGUUCAGUGCUCCAGCACGCAUAUUCCUAUUCCCAGGCAGCCUCGCAGCCAACCAGCGUAUCGGAAGCUUUUGGAAGUUUGAGUAAUUCCAGCCCGUCCAGGUCCAUGCUGAGCUGUUUCCGUGGAGGGCGUGCCCGCCAAAAGCGGGCUUUGUCUGUCCAUUUGCACAGCGAUCUGCCCGGCCUGGUGCAGGGUUCUGACAGCGAAGCUGUGAUGAAUAACCCCGGGUACGAGGGCAGUCCCCGGGAGAGGAGUGCAAGAGGUCACUGGUACCCGUACAACGAGAGGUUGAUCUGUAUUUACUGUGGAAAGUCCUUCAACCAGAAAGGAAGCCUUGACAGGCACAUGCGACUCCAUAUGGGAAUCACCCCCUUUGUGUGCAAGUUCUGCGGGAAGAAGUACACGCGGAAGGACCAACUGGAGUACCACAUCCGGGGCCAUACCGAUGACAAACCAUUCCGCUGCGAGAUCUGUGGGAAGUGCUUCCCAUUCCAAGGGACCCUCAACCAGCACCUGCGGAAAAACCACCCCGGCGUCGCCGAAGUCAGGAGUCGCAUUGAGUCCCCCGAGAGAACAGAUGUGUAUGUGGAACAGAAACUAGAAAACGAUGCAUCGGCCUCAGAGAUGGCCCUAGAUUCCCGGAUGGAAAUUCACACAGUGUCCGAUGCUCCUGAUUAAGAUGGUAAAGAAGUGCACCGAAACAAAGCACAUGAAUCAAUGCAUAUUUGUGAUUUGCUUUGUUGUAAUCUUUAGUUUUCUCAGCCAUCUGGAAAUCUCUUGGUCUCUUGGCAGUUUUUUCUAAGGUUUCUGGAAGGAACACUUCAUUGUGUUUAUCCUUUCCCCGCCCUCCUCCAAGGAGCUCAAAGCAUGAAGGGCAUCGUAUCCAGGGAAAACACAGGCUGACAGUAUUCCUCUUUGGCUGAACUCUUAAUCCAAAAUCUGCCAGUGAUUUCGCUAUGCCAACUGGUUGACCCUACAUUCUCUGCCAAGAGGCAUACUCUCUCUGGUGCCAUCACGCACUGGCACCAGUGCGUUUCCAUGGAGAGAGACUAGAAUGCCGUCAGCUGAUACAAAUGGGUAACCUUUUCUAAUUUAAAAUUACUUUUACGGAGUAGUUAGACAAUUUAUAUAUAUAUAUAAUAAAGUGAUUAUUAUAUAUAUAGUAUAUAUACAUUCUCAAAUUUGAUUUUAUUCUGGUUGAGGUGAAUGUAAGAGGAAUAUAUAAUUUAAUACAAUGUGAACAGGGCUUUUGACUCUGUCUUGUCCCUACCUAAUCUGUUAGGGUUUUGCCCCUUUAUUUCCCUUACAAAAGAAUGUUAAUAGGCUCUCAUAUCUAAUAAUCAUUGUGUCCAAAAGCAAGCAAAGCAAAUCACAGUGUUCAUAGCUCUGCUUUGUAAUAAAUACAUAAACCAAAUGCCAUAAAAUGUACUCAACUCGAGUUGGAAAACAUUUGGGAUUUUUGUUUGUUGUCCAGAUGGUAGGCUGGAUGACCCGUGGUGCUGACCUUUUUACAUAUUGUAGUGUUUUAUUAGCCAACCCCAAAGGAGCAGUGGUUUUCAGUGUUUUUACUGGCCUACGAAUCUACCUGCAUUCCGUACUGUAGAAACAUACCAGGUAACUAAAUCGAAUCACUCUACCACGAGUUACUACUCGCACUGAAGGAAAGGGAUUUGUAGCUCUGUCUACAAUAUUCUCCAUGCAGUGUUGUGGUUUUGUUUGUUUUUCUUUCUUUCUCUUUUCAAACAGCCAGUUCAGGUGCACAGCAACUUUUUCUACAUGCAGUUCCCAGGGAAACUGCAGAACUUGGAAUUUGUACUUUUGUAAAGAUAAACUCUAUGGGAAUUGCAAGCAAUAUAUCUUAGUAUUGUGUGUGCUAACGAGAGCCUUGGUGGCUCCCCCGCACUCUCAGUGUUUCCUGCUUAAAGAAACCAACAGUUCAAAAGCCCUCUGAGAUCCUCUGUGUGUCACCAAAUCUGUGUGUCACCAUUUUUUUUUUUAGGUCACGUGGUGCUAUCUUUAUGUUCUGUCUCCUUUAGGUCAGUAUAGUUGUACAAAAUGUGAAAUCAAAUGGUAAUAGUGAAUUACUACUUUUUUCCUCUCUUGAGUUCAGAGCUUGAAAACAGACCUCAAAAGCAUGUGCUGGCAAACACAUUACUGUAUCAAAACACACCUGAGUCCUAUUGAAAUAAUGUUCUAUUAGUACUUUAGGAAAUGUCUUCAACUCUGUUUUGUUCACCCGUGUGCUUCUGGUAAACAAAACGGGCUUUACAAGACUGCUUCGGUACUGUGUACUCGGACAGAGGCAUUUGGUGAGCAAAUUGGUGGUGAGUUUGUGCUGACGCUGCCUGUAGGAUGUCAGCACCCCAGACUCUGCUUGAGAACCUUGGCUCUGAAACUCUCAGCCCGUGCGUCUCCACAGGAGAACAGCACAAACCACCUGAAAGGAAAACAAAUGGAAAGACCAACCUCUGAGGCUAGGAGUUAAAGGAAUACAGAAAUAGACGUUUGCUGGUUUUCCAUGCUUUUUUGGCUCUUAAAAUACCAAGAAUGGUGGGGGUUGGGGGCGGUAUUUUUUUUUGCGGGGGGGAGGUUAUUUUGAGAAAACAAAUCAUUCAGGCCCUUGUGCGUGAUGGCGCCCAGGGGUGGUAGCCGUGCAGUGGCAUCUCUUUAGCACACAGGAUCUGUUCACGCGUGAACUGCGCCACACGUCAGUGUUACUACGUACAGAUUACACUCGAAUCCUGCUGCUCCCGGGAGCAGCUUUUGCUAAAUCGGGUAUAUCGUAUGCCUUCUCCUGUCAAACUGCCUAAUAAGGGGCUUGUUCUCUCCCUGGAGCACUUGUUCAACUCUUGUCAAAGCCGCGUGCUUCAAGGGGAGGCUGUACCCCAAGUGUUUACCCACUUAAAUAUGUUCUGGGGUUUCAGGUAAAUGUUUGUAAUUUUUUUUCUUACACGAAUAAGUUUGGUUUUGAUUUUUUUUUUUUUUAAAGAAUUCAAUGCAAAAAAUUUGUGUUGUGAUACAACAUAACAUUUGUGACAAGAAAUGCCCAAAUCAAGGAUGUGAGAGGUGAGGCUCAGGGAAGGAACCUCCUUUUCACUCAGGCUUGGGACCUCGUGCGGGGUCUCUAGAGCAUUCCGUGAUAUACCAGACAAGGCAGGAGGGGAAACACUUGGGGCGAGCACCUCGAAUGUCCCAGUUCUUGUCACCGUGUCAGUCUUAUCCUUAUUUACACGGAGUUCUUUGUAUUUGUAAAUUUGUUUAACUGGUUUGAGUUUACCAAAGAGUGACUUAUCCAAAAUUGUCUUUGACAAAAAUAUACAUUGCUUUGAUUGUACAGUUCAGGUUCAAACAUUGUAAUGGGACUGUUUAAGGGGCAGAAAAUUGAUUGAGUUUCUCUCUGAUGACCAUGACUCCACAUUUUGCAAGUUCCACUUGCUCCCAUUCAUGUUGCUAACACUUUACCCUUUCCACUGCUAGCAGUGUUAAGAGUGAAUUCUCAAGCCAUAACACAGUACUGUAAGGUUCCACAGGGCUUCGAGGGGUCAGCGCGGAGGCCAGCACAGCUGUGUGGCCUCUUUGAGCGUGCGCACCGUCAUGCUCCUCCGUGUGCGUGGCGGGUGGCAGAUUUACUCCAUUCAGAUCGGGCAGCAGCAAUUACUUGUGCCUUGUCACACGAGGAUGUGCCAGGAGGAUUGACAUGACCACAGAACAGAAACAUUCUCCCCGAAGUUCACGUCUCUGCAGACGAAGUACGCUGUGUAACUCCUUAGAGCAACUCUUUUUGGAAAGCAAAGUCCCUAUUUCUGUACAGUUUUAGAUUAGAUGUUUCAUUUAUAAUGAAUGCAAAAACCAAUUAAGAGAAAAGCGAUAUGUGAAGAAAUCUUUUACAGUAAAAUAUAUCCUGAGUUCCUAUAGGUUUGUUCAUAAUUGAGUCUCUUCCCGAGCUACCUUUUCCAUACAUAGACAAUGUGAAGACAGUGGCAGCGUCCUUUUCUAUCGGGGUUUUACCUGUUAUUACAAACUGUGAAAACAAAGAAUUUUAUACUUUUACUGUUUGUGGUUCUAAACAGUUAUUUUCAUUCGAAUCGGUUCUCUACCCUCUAAUUUCUACUAAAGCUGUAAAUACAUUUAGAAAUUAUAUUUGUAAAUACAGUAUAUGAAGACAAGUUAAUUUUGGUCAGUGGAAAACCUCCCAAUUGGCUCUGCCUUGGCCGCUUUUUUGUUUUUGUUUUUGUUUUUUAAACAGCAGAAAGGAUACUGUCAGUUCACUGUUAAGCAGAAUAUACUGUAGAUCUAAAUUAAUCAUUUAAAAAUCUCCCAGAGCAUGAGUGCUUUCUGAUGAGAACGGUUAUAACCAAGUCUUUGUUCUCCCUUCGCCCAGACCAUAGGCCUGCAUCAUUUUGUGUGUGGUUUUGUUUUUAGUGUUGUUUUCACAGCCUAGACUCUAGGAAGAAUUUUGCAGGAACACAAAACAAGGGCUGGGGGGAAAUCAUCUAUGUGAAUGAGCUUUACUUUAAAGAAAUCAAUGUAUUUUAUUUUAACAACUUUUUCUAUUACUGUGAUUUUUUUUUUUUUGUCGUCGUCAUUAUUGUUAAAUUCUGUAAUGGUUUUCUGUGAAGCCUCCACUGAAAGGGACUCAAAUAUGCAACACCUAAACUAUUUUCCAAGGGCACACGCCCCUUGAAUGGUGCUUCUAGACUGGUCAGGGUUAUUUAUUAAAUUUUAUAUAUGAAAGUAUUGGGGAAUUAUGUAAAUUCUUUAUAUGAAACUAUUUAGUUCAUAAAUCAUAGAUUUCAUAUUACUCAGUGCAACUGAACUCAACGUUCAGAAGAGUCAUUCACAUUGUUCCAAAUUUGUAAUGGUUGUCACAUGCCACAUACGUCUUUUUCAGUAAGUGCCAGAGUGUUUCCCCUGUCUCUGCCCAGCGCUUGACUUCUCGGCCCGGAAGAGAACCUGCUUCCUCUGGUUCCCCUCUGAGCCUGCACAGACAGGGCUGUUGUAGUUCUUGAUCAAGCCCUGGAGCGAGCCUGGCCGCAGAUUCAGUAAACGGACCUCUUGCUGCCCCUCAGUGACAAGUAUGCUGUGAAUUCAACCUCUGGACUUGCUCCCCAAGCCGUUGGUUGCUGCCCUGACUAUAUAGUAAGAGGUAAACUCACCUGGUUUCUUUGAGAAUGACCAUUUUUCUAAUGUGAAAACCAUCUCUCUCACCACUUUUAUUAGUAGGGCUAACAUUUUUUUCCGUUAUAAAUGGUUGAGCAAUUUGAAUGACUUAACAGUGUCAUUACCUUGCAAUAUAAAAUGGUAACCUCACAACUCCACACUUCAUCACUAUAUGAAGUAAAUGAAGCUAGCUAAGCGGAUGCUAUAUCGACUAGUAACUUGCCAUUAAGGAUUAUUUUAUAGCAUGGAUUUAAGACUAUUUAUUCAAAUGAUAUUUUACUCUUGUAUUCAUUUUGUUUUAGAUUUGUGACAUGAAUAUUUCAGUGCUGCUUAAUUUUGUUCUGACUUCUUGUUUCUUGCUUGUAAAUGGCUUUUUUAUGGUAUCAAUACAGUCAAUGGAAAUUGCUGUUUGUAAAUAAAAAUGCUGCUAGAGCGAA